AUGUUUACUACGUCGUUCAUUUUCUUUGCUUGCUUGGCCUGGUCUCUGGCCGCUCCACAGCAUAAGCGUCAAGCAAGCGGUCCAGUCAUUGGAACAAACUUUCAAGAUCCCUCGGUGCUCCAAUUGGGCGACGGGAGCUAUAUUGCCUAUGCAGGUGUCAAUGGAAAUCCUGCGGGGAUUAAUGUCUUGAUUGCUACUUCUCCAGACUUCUCUAGCUGGACCGUUCAUUCGGGCUACGAUGCCUUGCCAAAUCUCCCUUCAUGGGCAGCCUCGCCUCCACAUGUAUGGGCUCCGGACGUGACUCAACUGGACAAUGGCAACUUUGUGCUAUACUAUUCAGUGUCAAUGGCAGAGUCGCCAGCCAAGCACUGCGUUGCAGCAGCAACAGCUCCAAAUCCGGAAGGGCCAUUCACGCCUGUUCAGACGCCGCUGUUCUGUGAUCUGACUGCCGGCGGUGCCAUUGACGCAGACGGGUUCAACGACCCUCAAACCAACCGUCAGUAUGUCAUCUACAAAGUAGAUGGCAACUCCAUCGGCAACGGUGGCGCGUGUUCAAAUACUGUCAAUCCUAUCGCCCCCACGCCUCUCAAUCUCCAAGAGGUCAGUCCGGACGAUGGAUAUACUUUCAUUGGUGGCCUCACGACUGUUUUGUUGAACGACCCAAACGAUGGGCCCAACAUUGAAGCUCCUUCGUUGACUUACGAUGCUUCUUCCGGGACCUACAUUCUCCUGUACAGCUCCAAAUGCUUCACGACUGCUCCCUACAACAUCAGAUACGCGACCAGCAACAGUAUCUACGGUCCUUACACCAAGCAGGGAGAUCCAUUCCUGGUGACUGGGGACACAUCCGCCGACGUCUACAUUCCCGGAGGCAUCGACAUUACCAAGGACGGCAAACUAGCCGUGUUCCACGGUGACGUGAACAUGGGGUGGUUCGCAGGCGACGGGACACCGCGAGUGCGAGCAAUGUACGCCGUUCAACUUUCCAUCGGAAACGGUGUUGUCAGUCCGGGUACGCUGUACUGA